GGGCCGGAAGUGGCCCGCGGACGGAGACUGAGUGGACACCACGUCCUGACACGGUGCUCCAGUGCCUGCGGCAGCGGCCUAGCCUAGAUACUUAAGAACCCCCCACUCCCGCCGCGUUCUCGCCGCCACCGCCACCCGGGACUAUGGUGCCUCGUCUGUUGCUGCGCGCCUGGCCCCGAGGCCCCACACUGGGCCCAGGAGCUCCCUGUCGGCCCCUCAGCGCCGGCUCCGGGCCCGCCCAGUACCUGCAGCACAGCAUCGUGCCCACCAUGCACUACCAGGACAGCUUGCCCAGGCUGCCUAUUCCCAAACUUGAAGACACCAUCAAGAGAUACCUCAGUGCACAGAAGCCUCUCUUGGAUGAUGGCCAGUUCAGGAAAACAGAACAAUUUUGUAAGAGUUUUGAAAAUGGGAUUGGAAGAGAACUUCACAAGCAGCUAGUUGCUCAAGACAAACAGAAUAAACAGACAAGCUACAUUUCAGGUCCCUGGUUUGAUAUGUACUUAACUGCUCGAGACUCUGUUGUUCUGAACUUUAAUCCAUUUAUGUCAUUCAAUCCUGACCCCAAACCUGAAUAUAACGACCAGCUUACCAGGGCGACCAACAUGAUCGUUUCUGCCAUCCGUUUUCUGAAGACCCUCCGGGAUGGGCUUCUGGAACCAGAAGUAUUCCACUUGAACCCUGCCAAAAGUAACACUGACACCUUCAAGAGACUCAUACGCUUUGUACCUUCCUCUCUGUCCUGGUAUGGUGCCUACUUGGUCAAUGCAUAUCCCCUGGACAUGUCCCAGUAUUUUCGGCUUUUCAAUUCAACGCGUUUACCCAAACCCACUCGGGAUGAACUCUUUACUGAUGACAAGGCCAAACACCUCCUGGUCCUACGAAGAGGACAUUUUUAUGUUUUUGAUAUCCUGGAUCAAGAUGGGAACAUUGUGAGCGCCUCAGAAAUCCAGGCGCAUCUGAAGCACAUUCUCUCAGAUGUCAGUCCUGCGCCCGAGUUUCCUCUGGCGUACCUGACCAGUGAGAACCGGGACGUGUGGGCAGAGCUCAGGCAGGAGCUGAUCAGUAGCGGCAAUGAGGAGACCCUGAGGAAAGUAGACUCUGCUGUGUUCUGCCUCUGCCUAGAUGACUUCCCCAUUAAGGACCUUAUCCACUUGUCCCACAACAUGCUGCAUGGAGAUGGCACAAACCGCUGGUUUGAUAAAUCCUUUAACCUCAUCAUAGCCAAGGAUGGCACUGCCGCCAUCCACUUCGAGCAUGCUUGGGGUGAUGGUGUCGCAGUGCUCAGGUUCUUUAAUGAAGUGUUUAAUGACAGCACUCAGGCCCCUGCUGUCACUCCACAGAGCAGGCCGGCUACCACUGGCUCUUCUGCUGCUGUGCAGAAACUCAGCUUCAAGCUGAAUGAUGCCUUGAAGACCGGCAUCACUGCUGCUAAGGAAAAGUUUGAUGCCACCAUGAAAACCCUCACCAUUGACUGCAUCCAGUUUCAGAGAGGAGGCAAAGAAUUCUUGAAGAAGCAGAAGCUAAGUCCUGAUGCAGUGGCCCAGCUGGCCUUCCAGAUGGCCUUCUUGCGUCAGUACGGGCAGACGGUGGCCACCUAUGAGUCCUGCAGCACUGCAGCAUUCAAGCACGGCCGCACUGAGACCAUCCGUCCAGCCUCCAUCUUCACAAAGAGGUGCUCGGAGGCCUUUGUCAGGGAGCCCUCCAAGCAUGGUGCUGGAGAGCUUCAGCAGAUGAUGGCGGAGUGCUCCAAAUACCACGGCCAGCUGACCAAAGAAGCUGCAAUGGGCCAGGGCUUUGACCGACACCUGUUUGCUCUGCGGUACCUGGCAGCAGCCAAAGGGAUUGCUCUGCCCGAGUUUUACCUGGACCCAGCAUACAGACAGAUAAACCACAACAUCCUGUCCACAAGCACACUGAGCAGCCCGGCUGUAAAACUCGGUGGCUUUGCCCCCGUGGUCUCUGAUGGCUUUGGCAUUGGGUAUGCUGUUCAUGACAACUGGAUAGGCUGCAAUGUCUCUUCCUACCCAGGCCGCAAUGCCCGGGAGUUUCUCGAGUGUGUGGAGAAGGCCUUAGAAGACAUGUUUGAUGCCUUAGAAGGCAAACCUAUCAAAACUUAGCUUCUGGGUGGAUGAAAAGCCACCAUCACUUCCUCAUCAUGAAUAGUGAAGCCUGUGUGGCCAAUAAGUGCUAUUCUGUGACUAAUGAAACUAAUCAUGGAGGUGCCUGAGCAACCUGUGCUACAGGCCUGAGCUUUAAAAUCAUGGUUUUAAAGGUAAACAUGUGGGACUAGAUAACAACUGAAGAUAAUGAGAGAUUUUGCUUUUAAGGGCAUUUGAUUAGGAGGUAAAGAUUGGAAAAAUAACUCAGGUGUAUUUAUUGUUUAAGCAAAAAUAAAAUUUAAUUUUUCUUGAA